AAACUGAUAAGGUUUAUAUAAGUCGAUGGUAUUUCUAAAUACAGAAAGUUGUAGUGCAGAACUUGACCAUUUGCAUUCAACUUUAAUUCCAUCGUUGAGAUAGAGCUGUGACUAAGGAGACGUUUUGCACCUGUUCCUCAUGUACAAUGUACGUCGGGAAUAAAGGGGCCAUACUGUUCUGGUGAGGUUCGUGUCGCUUUAAUUUCCGUCACCCAUGUUAUACUAAGAUCUCGUGACAUAUCGCGGAGUACAUACCGGUGUUGUUCGUUGUGUCCAGAUAUCAACGAGAACAUUUACACUCUAGUGCUGGUCAGUUCGACAAGAGCUCAAGAUGACCGACGGACGAAUAGUACUUAUCGCCAUGGACGGGAGCGGACACGCUGACCACGCCUUUACGUAUUACAAAGACAAUUUAUACAGAGAGAAUGAUGAGCUGGUGAUUGUCUACUGUGCAGAGUACAAAUCAUUCAAUAAACACCAAUCUCUCACAAUGAUAUCGAUCGAUCCUACCCUGGUCACCAAUCUCUUAUUGGAAGAAGAAAAAGAAAUAAAUAAGGUAGCCGAAAAAUUCGAGGCCCUUGUAAAAGACCAUAAGAUGAAGGGGAGGCUGAUCCGUGUUGGAGGGGAACCGGGCCCAGGGAUCUGUAAAGUUGCAGUUGAGCAGAACGCCGACUUCAUUAUAACCGGAAGUAGGGGUCUCGGUACGGUUCGGCGCACUCUCCUUGGAAGUGUUAGCGACUACAUAGUGCAUCACGCGCACGUACCAGUGUUGAUUUGCCGACGCAAAACAUAAUGAGAUGUCUGAAUGGUAUCGCUAUUUAGUUACAGUAGGAUUAAAAUAACGAUUAAUGAAAAUUAUAACUAACAAGUGUAAUUCAUUUAAUUGAUGUAUAUAUUUGUAUGACAUACGUUUUGUAGAAUAUUUACUUAUUACAUAUUUAGUUUCUUAUGAGCUUGCCAAUAAAACAUUUACGCUCAACUUCAUAUCGUUUGUUUGGUGUGUAUCAAUAUACAUGUACCUAUUUAUAUUGGUCAUCAGAUUGAUGUAUUGUAUACUUAGGAUGUAUAUCUAUCAACUGAUGAGUAUAGUACUUCUUUUGAUGCUAUUGAGCACGUACCCAUCUGAAGCGAAAUGGCCGAACUAAACUUUUGGUGUAACCGGAAGCAUCGAGGGCCGAUGUGGACAGAACGCAUAGCUGUAGAUUAAGUACGGUUUAACUUGUAAUAUCAUCUUUAAAGUUUGUAGGAAUGCAAGAGAACUCAGUCCCUCAGGAAAAAGCAGAUCUCUUUUUUCAUUCUGAAAAGAGACACUUGAGUAAAAUCUUG